AUGGCUGGACGGCUACCGGCGUGUGUUGUGGACUGCGGUACAGGUUACACUAAACUGGGGUAUGCAGGGAACACAGAGCCUCAGUUCAUCGUUCCAUCAUGUAUUGCAAUCAAAGAGUCAGCUAAGGUUGGAGAUCAAGCUCAACGGAGAAUGAUGAAGGGGGUAGAUGACUUGGAUUUCUACAUUGGAGAUGAAGCCAUAGACAAGCCCACAUAUUCGACAAAGUGGCCAAUCCGUCAUGGGAUUGUAGAAGACUGGGACUUAAUGGAGCGCUUCAUGGAACAAAUCAUCUUCAAGUACCUGAGGGCCGAACCUGAAGACCACUACUUCUUACUGACAGAACCACCUCUGAACACACCAGAAAACAGAGAAUACACAGCAGAGAUCAUGUUUGAAUCCUUCAAUGUACCAGGGCUGUACAUUGCUGUACAGGCCGUGCUUGCGCUCGCAGCUUCCUGGACAUCCAGACAAGUUGGUGAGAGGACAUUAACAGGCACUGUUAUUGACAGUGGUGACGGUGUAACUCAUGUCAUCCCUGUGGCUGAAGGUUACGUGAUUGGCAGCUGUAUAAAGCACAUUCCCAUCGCAGGACGAGACAUUACUUAUUUCACCCAGCAGCUUCUAAGAGAAAGGGAAGUGGGCAUCCCACCAGAGCAAUCGCUGGAGACAGCCAAGGCCGUCAAGGAACGGUUCAGCUACGUGUGCCCAGAUCUUGUCAAAGAAUUUAAUAAGUAUGACACGGAUGGCUCCAAGUGGAUUAAGCAAUACACAGGCAUCAACACUAUCAACAAGAAAGAGUUCACUAUUGACGUGGGAUACGAACGGUUUUUGGGACCUGAGAUCUUCUUUCACCCAGAGUUUGCCAACCCAGACUUCACUCAACCCAUCUCUGAAGUUGUUGACGAAGUCAUCCAGAAUUGUCCUAUUGAUGUCAGGCGUCCUCUCUAUAAGAACAUUGUUCUGUCUGGAGGGUCCACCAUGUUCAGGGACUUUGGCCGCCGUCUGCAGAGAGAUCUCAAGAGGACAGUUGAUGCCAGACUGAAGAUGAGCGAGGAACUGAGUGGAGGCAAACUUAAGCCCAAACCCAUUGAUGUCCAAGUUAUCACUCAUCAUAUGCAAAGAUAUGCUGUCUGGUUUGGAGGAUCAAUGUUGGCAUCAACUCCUGAGUUCUACCAGGUUUGCCACACCAAAAAGGACUACGAAGAGAUUGGGCCGAGCAUCUGUCGCCACAAUCCUGUGUUUGGAGUCAUGUCUUAA